CCAGCGUACGCCUGGCGGGCCCGGGGCGGUGCCAGGGGAGGGGAAGGGGAGGGCGCCGCUGUGGGAGACAUAACAUGGGCGCCUGAAGCUGGGGCGAAGGCGCCGCGGCGAGGGAAGCUGAGCCCGCCCCGCCGGACGCGGCCCGGCGGCCGAGCAGGAGGCGGCGGGCGGUGAGGGGACGGGGACAUGGCGGAGACCGGCUCCGUGCACGCCACCCGGUUCGAGGCGGCCGUGAAGGUGAUCCAGAGCCUGCCCAAAAACGGUUCAUUCCAGCCAACGAAUGAAAUGAUGCUCAAGUUCUAUAGUUUUUAUAAGCAAGCAACACAAGGACCCUGUAACAUUGCACGACCUGGAUUUUGGGAUCCGAUUGGUAGAUACAAAUGGGAUGCUUGGAGUGCCUUGGGAGACAUGUCCAAAGAAGAAGCCAUGAUAGCCUAUGUUGAAGAAAUGAAAAAGAUUCUUGAGAGUAUGCCUAUGACGGACAAAGUUGAAGAAUUACUACAAGUAAUAGGCCCGUUCUAUGAAAUAGUAGAAGAUAAAAAGAACAGAGGAUCUGACCUAACUUCAGUUCGAAUGGAGAAAGUCUCUAAGUAUUUGGAAGACCUUAGCAAUGUUAUGAAUUCCACUUCAAAUAUAAAGGCUGUGAAUGGAAAAGCUGAAAGUAGUGAUAGUGGAGCAGAAUCAGAAGAGGAAGGGCUUCGUGAAGAGGAAGAAAAAGAACUGCAGCUAAAUGGAAAGGACUAUAAGAAUGUGAAACCAGAAUCUGCAGCUGCUAAGGAUUUGGAAAGUAUUGUCUCUAACGGCUGUUACAAGGACAGCUUCAUCCCAGAUAUGCAGAACGUCCUCCAGACCAAAUCUGCCCUGAAUGGCUUGAACCAGGAGGAAGAAAUAAAGAAAACAGAGCCAAGCCUAGAAAUAGCUAAUAACAGUGCUCACCAAGGUGCAAAUGAAGAGAAUACUGAAGAGGUCUCAGCAGCUCAGCACUUAACCAGUGAUUCAGACAGUGAAGUUUAUUGUGACUCUAUGGAGCAACUUGGACUAGAAGAGCCCUUGGAGAUCAUCACAUCAGCUAAAGGAUCUUUAAAGCAUUCAUCCCAUUUCUUGGAUGUAGAUCACAGUCUUCUGUUAGAAAAUAUGGAUUUUCCAAGGCGUGCUUGCAUGACUUAUGGGAAUCUCCAACCUGGAAAUACUGUAGAGGGGCCAGCUCAAGAACAGGGCGAAGUCAAGUGUGGAGGAGAAGAUGGCAAAGCCAGUAAUGGGGGCCCUCACAAGGAGAAGAAAAGUGGAGAAAAAGCAGAUUUCUACGGUGUCAGAAGAGGGAGAGGGCAUAGACUUCAGCCUCUAGGAGAUGGUUCACAAGGUGGUCAGAUGGGUAGUGGAGGGGACGGAGAGCGCUGGGGAUCUGACAGAGGACCCAGGGGUAGUCUCAAUGAACAGAUUGCAGUAGUGCUGAUGCGAUUGCAAGAAGACAUGCAGAAUGUCCUUCAGAGGCUGCAUAUGCUGGAGGCGGUUACAGCAUCACAGGCAAAAUCUGCAGCACUACACUCAAAUUAUCAGCCUGCCUCCUCUGUCAAGAAACCAUCAUGGUGGCCCUUUGAAAUUUCUCCGGGUAUUUUAGCUUUUGCUGUCGUGUGGCCAUUUAUUGCCCAGUGGUUGGUACAUGUGUAUCUUCAAAGAAAGCGAAGAAAACUGAACUGAGAAUUCAUGACUUUGCUUGAAGACUUCUAGCAGAAGAUAGCACUGGAAAGCGAAGGAAUUCUGAAUUCUUAUAGAAUCUCAGAAUCUGGGAUGAUGUUCUUUCUGUUAUAGUAACAUUUUGUACUACCUUUGAGCUAAACAUUUAAGGAUUAACAUUAUUGAAACUUGAAUGAUUCACGGCUCCUAGGUUACAAAUAAAUCCCAACAAUUCCAUCCUCAAAACCAUAUGAACAUUAAUUAUUUUGGAACAUGCUUGCAGAUGGGCCUUCAGUAAUUACUGGUCUUGCUGAUGUUAGAUGAUGAAGAAAGUAAAAUCUUUGUAAAAGAAUAAGUGAGAAAGAUGUAAAACUGUCACUUUAAUGUAGAAAUAAUUUUAUAAUCACAGCAUCCCUGCCUGUUUUUCCACAGGUUUACAUAUUAUCAAAUGAAAGCACUAGUAAAGUAUGAAUCAAAUACAUUGUCAGCUGUUGGGAAAAUAUGAUACAGCUCUGAGGAAUUCAACUAGUUACCUUUGCUGCUAAACCAGUGUGAGGCAAAUUUCCACGUGAACUGGUCAGAAAUGAAAUUGAAUCCAUCACUUAUCCUUUUCAGAUUGUAAAGGAGAUUUGGGAAUUUAUGUGUCUUGAAAGUUAGAGCCAUUAAUAACAGGGACUGUUCAAAUACAAGUUUGGAAACUGUGUGGUACAAGGGAUCCAUCUAAAGAGGCUGCACCUUAUAUUUUUAACUUUGGUAACUGUGUACUUGUUGACAACAACUUUUUUUAACUGAAAUAUGUAGUUUAGGCACAAGGUGCUGGAAAAUGAGAUGAAAGCUAUCUCUGUAAUUAUAUCUCUUAAGAGCUGAAAAAGCUUAGUGCACUGUAAGUUUUCUGUUGUCAGUUUAUGUCAAAUUAAAAUCAGAUUUAAUCUAGCCCUAAUCCGUUGUGGACUUUUCCCAAGUCAUAUCACAGAAAAUACCAGUUCUGGUAUUGCUUUCUCUUACCCUUCUACUUCCUUUCAAAACAAAACUUUUCAGCUAAUUUUGGUGCUGAUUUCACACACCCCCACCCCCCUUUUCAUGAACUAUUUAUUAACCAGUAUGCAAACAGAAUUACAACCUUGUGAAGUUUGCUUGAUUAAAGCAUGCUUUAUGCUUUAUUUUAAAAAAUUCAAUAUAUUGUCUAAAUCUCUGGGAACGUACUAAAAUUCGAUUUGACAAAACACUAAGACAUGCAUUUGCUAUGAAGAACUGUAUCAUAACAAAACCCUGUGUUUAAGAUCUGAAUCUUCAGAAAUUUCACCAUAUUCCUGAUGUGCUUUCAUCCUCCAGCUGGACUACAUAUUACAAAUUUUUCAGGAAAGUUAUUUUUCAUCCUUCCUAAAAAAAUCUUCUCCAGUUUGGAAAAGAUUUUUCAUACAAGCUAUACUGUAUCACAGUACGUAAUCACAGAAUUUAAUGUUUGUUUUGCCAGAGCAAUUUUAAUCUUGUUUUUAGUCAAGUGUGGGUUUUUUUAAGAGUUACUUUUCCUACUCCUGAUUUUCUUGUUGUAAGGCUGAAUUAAAAAAUAAAAUGGUCAGAACCUCUUUGAAGACUGCUGUAACAGUCAGAUGGUUUCAUGUGCCAGAGAUCAGUUUGGGCAUGAGAUGUACUGACAACUCAGGUUUGAACAAAGCUUAUGCUGGAAGGGAAGUUGCACUGUGACCUGAAGCCAUGGUACCUGUAGCUUGAAGUUCUAGAGUGAGUGACGACUUCUCAUAAAAUGAUAAAAAUGAUUAUACAGGAAGGAUACUCUAGCUUGAAGGUCACUAAAAAAAAAAAAAGAGCAAGCUCCUGCAGCAGCAUGUCUUCCGAUCGGAUGAAGCACCCUGGAGUGCCUCCUGCCCCGGGCCAUAGCCAUGUUACACGUAGGUGUCUAGCUUUUAGAGAUGGUAUGGACAUUCUCCAAGGUACUUGCCUGUUAACUUCCUACUGAAAUAACUGUAGGCACGUGCUAUCCUUGUUAUUUAUUCAUGUUUCAAUAAAUCAGUCCCUUACUA